GAGCGCUGUAUCUUACGGAAAGAGCAUGAAGGAUUCCAGCAAAAAGUGAUUGAGCUGUGCAGAUUUAUACGGGACGUCACAACCAGAGCGCAGCUUUUCAUGAAUUACUACAUUAUUAAGAACCGUAAUUUAACUGUUCAGGAAUACAUUUAUGAACAAAACUUUUGGUACUGCAUCUGUAAGCUAGUCUUGGGCCAAAAAAUUACCAACAAAGCCUACAUUAACCACACUGUGGCUCUGACGUUCGAUGACGUUGCUACUGACGAUCCAUCCAUUAUAUCCCCCUUCAAGGAUCAAAAAAUCAAAGGUUAUAGUGAUGCUAUGGCGGCUGCAUGCGAGAGUAUAGCAACCACUUACAUGAACCACAUGGUGGAAAACUUCACUAAACGUAUCAGAUAUUACUUGUAUUGGGCAUUGAAGCCUACUUUCCAGGUAAAAUGCUUGACUUAUAUCUUCAUAGAGAAGAUUUUAAUUGCCCAAUUCAUUGUCAAAUAA